AUGCCCCCAGCCCCCCCUCCUCUCCGCUCCCCUCAGAGACCACCGGCCCCGGCUGCGGCCCCCGCCGCCCCCGGCCCCCACCACCGGCCCCGGGCCUCCUCAGCCCCCGCCGGGUCCCCUCCGGUCCCUCCCCCGCGCAGAACAGAGCCCGUUCGUUCCCCGGCCCGGAAGCCAACCCGUUUUGCCCGGCCACCGGGCCGCCCCCCCCCCCCCACUCACCGAGGAGGAGCCCCGCCGGUCCCCGGGCGUCGCGGUCCCCUCGCGGCGGGCAGGUGGUGGAAGCGGCUUCCCCCGCCGCCCUUCAUGGCCGGGCACCCCCCCGGCGGGCCGGGCGCCGGGCCCCCAUCCCGGGCGGGAGGAGCCGGGCGAGCAGCGAAGGGCAGCGGUGCAGAGGAGGAGGAGGAGGAGGAGGAAGGCGGCGGCGCGUUACAUGGCGGGACGCGAAGCGCGCCAGUCCCUCCGCCGCGGAGCCUCCGCGGCCGCCGUACCCCACACUUCCGCCCACGGCCCCGCGGGGGCGCGGAGCGCUCGCUAGCAAUCGGCCAAUCCCCGAGCGGACCUCGGGAACCAUCGACCAAUGGGACGGUUCUGCCCGCCCACCCCUCGCAAGGUUCUCUGGGGAGCGUAGUCCGCGGGUCCUAG